AUGGCCAUGGGUCUAAAGCUCCAGAAACUGCGCGUUGCGGUAUGGGGUGAGGCCCCCGAUAGCCCUGAGGAACGCAAGGAGGACAUCGAUAUCACUCCCGAUCAGUACAAUCUUUUGGUCACUAUUCUUUCUGUUGGCUACAUUGUCGGUCAAGUUCCCCACGGCCUCGUCAUCCAAAAGGUCGCUCCUCGCAUCUGGUUUCCUCUUAUGACACUUGUCUGGGCACUUUUGACCAUGGUAUGCGCCGCCUGUCACAGUUUUCAACAACUAGCACCGGUCCGAUUCUUCCAAGGUGUCGCAGAGGCAUCGACAUAUAGCGGAACACAAUACAUCAUCGGUAGUUGGUAUAAGGGACCAGAGGUCGGAAAGCGGGUUGGGCUCUUCCAAGCUUCCGGAAUGGUCGGCACCAUGUUUGCCGGUAUUCUAAUGACGGCUAUCUGGAACACUAUGGAUGGAGUAUCUGGCCUGCCAGGCUGGAGAUGGUCCUUCAUCAUUGAUGGCAUAAUUACUAUUCCCGUGGCGGUCUUUGGGUUCAUCUUCUUUCCUGACCUCCCAGAGACCACCAAAGCAUUCUACAUGAAGCCACAUGAGCGAGAGCUCGCCCUUAGUCGACUGCCACCCAAAGAUCCAGAAGGCCACAAGAUCGGAGCUUCAAUCAUCAAAAGAGUUCUACUAGCACCCAACUUUUGGAUCUUUACCAUCUUCUGGAUGCUUGGAGGAGCUCUCGAGGCAUACACAACCCAGACAUGCAUGGUCUUAUGGAUGAAAGCAUCCGGACUCUUCACCGUCCCACAAAACAACACUUAUCCUCUGGGAAUUACAGCUAUAGGAAUCGUUCUUACUCUUGCUACCUCUGUGGCAAUCGAUGCUACUGGGGUCCACGUUCCGUACGGACUCGCAGCUUGCGGUAUCCAGAUCAUCACAUGUGUAGUUCUCCUCUGCUGGGACGUUGUUGGAACAUCGGCAAAGAUGGGAGCUUUCUAUCUCGCUGGAACUGCGUAUUUGAUCCAGCCAGUCGUGUUUACAUGGGCGAACAAAAUCCUGGCGCGUGAUGGAGAUGACGUUGCACGAGCUGUUAUUCUCUGUGCCAUGAACGGUGCAUCAUCCGUUCUCUUCUCAUUCUGGGGUAUCACGCUCUACCCAGCUCGGGACGCUGCAACGGGCUUUCAGAAUGGGACAAUAGCUAUGGUGGUCGUUUCUGUCUUUCUUGCCGGAUGGAUUGGUAUUGUAUGGUGGCAAGAUAAGAGAACCGCUUGCAUCCAAGCGGGCCACCCAGUAACAGAUGCCAGAGCCGAGCAGGGGGCUUACAAAUAUCCCUGCAAAGAAUAA